UCUAAUCAGGUAGCACAAUAUAAAACAGCCUCUAGAGUACCGGAGUGCAACACACUUGGUCUUGAACUGUCUGUGGCUGCUGACUUGGAAGAGAGAAAAUGUCUGGACGUGGAAAGAAGGUUGCUGCCCCAAAGACCAAGACCUACUUAACCAGGUCUGCCCGUGCUGGUCUGCAGUUCCCUGUUGGUCGCAUUGCUCGCUUUCUGCGCAAGGGCAACUACGCUGCCCGUAUUGGAAGUGGUGCAGCGGUGUACCUGGCUGCAGUGAUCGAGUAUCUCUGUGCUGAGGUUUUGGAGUUGGCCGGCAACGCCAGCAGAGACAACAACAAGAAGAGGAUUGGCCCACGUCACAUUCAGCUUGCUGUAAGAAAUGACGAGGAGCUCAACAAACUGCUUGGAGGGGUGACCAUCUCUGAGGGCGGCGUUCUUCCAAACAUCCAUGCUCAGCUGCUGCCCAAGAAGACCCAAAGGGUGGCAGACUCCAGCAAAGACGUCAUUUCACAAGAAGUUUAAAGACUUUUAAUCUUUUAAACACUGUUUUGUGUUUUAAUCGUUUGCAAUUCCACUGGCAGUUUUUCCAUGUUUAAAUAAAUGUUUCAAUAUUUUA